AUGGACCGUGUAGCUCACCGUAGACGAGCUACUCCAAGAUAUAUUGGACAAUUGUUUGUGGAGCGGACUGGACUCAUAGAUGGAAUUGUCCCUCGACAAAUUGCAGAUUCGAUGAGGAUCAUGUUUGGCCUGAAUCUUACCUAUACAACGUCAUACCGGGCUCUCAAAUUCGCUCAAGUAUUUGUCAGGGGAACUCCAGAAGAUGGAUAUGCUAACCUUCCUUCCUACCUUAGAAGACUGAAGCAAGCAAACCCUGGCACUAUAACACACCUGCUCUGUGAUGAAGAAGAUCGCUUCAAGUACUGUUUUGUGGCGUUAGCGGCUUCAACAGCGGGAUUUCAGUACUUGAAGAGGGUUAUUGUGGUUGAUGGAACACACCUUACUGGGAAAUACGGAGGCACAUUACUCGUGGCAUGUGGACAAGAUGCAAACUUUCAAGUAUUUCCUCUAGCAUAUGGUGUUGUUGAUGCGGAGACUAAUGAGUCUUGGGGAUGGUUUUUUGAUAAAUUACAGACUUGUUUCUCACCACAUCCGAUGGUCAUUGUUUCAGACAGAGCAUUGUCCAUUGAAAAUGCUUGUGUGAAUGUGCUUCCAUGGGUCACUAGAGGAAUAUGCUACUACCAUCUUCAGCAAAAUAUUAUCAAGACAUAUGGUGGUAAGGAGCUUAUGUAUCUGGUUAAAGGAGCUGCUUAUGCCCACACUCUAGCUGAAUAUAAUCGGUGCAUGGACUCACUAAGAGCUGCGCACCCAGACCUCGCAGCAUACAUGGAGUUGGCCGACCCUAAGCUUUGGUCUAGAGUACAUUUUCCCGGUGAUAGGUACAACAUCAAGACGAGCAACAUUGCUGAAUCUAUCAACUCGGCUAUUAAAAAGGCAAAGGGUUUUCCCAUACCCUCUCUACUCCAGUUUAUUAGAGAGAUGUUAGGGCGGUGGUUCUACAAAAGGCGUGAAGAUGCUUUAAGUCUGCAGACACCAUACAGCAAGGGAGUUGAGUAUAUACUGGCCAUCCGUGAACAUUACGCUCAGUCAAUGGAUGUUCAGCGGAUAGAUGCAACUAGUUUCCAUGUUGCUUCUGGACGUUCGCACUUCGUAGUUGAUCUAGAACAGGGUAAAUGUGAGUGUGGAGUGUUCCAAGUCGAGAAAAUGCCCUGUACACAUGUCCUUGCAGCGCUUGCCUCAGCUGGUGUGCACGUCUCACACCAUACAUGUGACACAUACUCGCAGGAAUGCUUGUAUGCGACCUACGCCCAUCCUAUAUAUCCUGAGGAGGAAAUUGACAACCACAAGAAGAAGAGCGAGCGGUGCCGACCUCCAAAACCGAAGGAUGGGCCUGGUCGUAAGAAGAAAUCAAGAUGGCAGUCGUGGCUGGAAAUUUCUAGGAAGUCUAAGAAGAAAGGCAAGAGUCGAAGGAAGAAGCCCAAAGUUUACAGCUGCUCCAAAUGCAAGCAACCAGGACAUACGCGCCCGUGUCCAAGCCUGCUGAGAAAUAACUCGGCGGUCUACGAGCGGUCUCGGCGGUCUACGAGCGGUCUUCGGAGGUCUACGAGGCGUUCACGGAACUUCUAUGGAGGUCUACGAGGCUUUAACGGAACUUCACUGGAGGUUUACGAGCUACUAGACGUUAUCUCGCGAUCUACUUAUACAUUCGUGGAGGUCUACGAGAUGUUCACUGCGGUCUAA